UCACCUUGCACACGAGUCUAGCCGUUGCACACGACACGACAGCGGUUUUCAUCAAAUCAACGUUCGUCCGUUAAUUAGCGCUCAAUAAUAUUUUUUUUUAAAACAACCGAAAGCUUUAUUCGUAAACAAUAAAAUAAUUGAACGUGAUAAAAUGUUUAAAAACAAUUUAAUUUUGGAUUUAAUGAUUUUUGGAUUAUUGAAUGUAGGCCAUUCAAGUGAUACGGUCUUAAAAUUUAAAAAUUACCGUUUGAAUGUUUUUGAUGCUGUUUUGGAAAAUGAAGAUUCAACAAAUAGGACGCAUCUUUCAGUGAAAGGGUUUGAAAAGUUUUUUUCGUCUUUGGUGAAACGACUUGUGUGCAAAGAUAACGUGUCAGCCAUUGUAACUUGCAAUGGGCCUUUGUGUAUGAACACAACUCAGCUCACUGAUUUCUACAAUGACACGCUGGAGAAUGGUCUCGAUAGGGAGCAGUUCUACACUACGUCAUCACUCCUGCUGUACUACGUCACUCAACUUGAACACACCUGCCCCGCCCACAUCGAGCUGUCUCGCGAGAAGCUAAAAACAGCACGUGCCUUCCUGCAGCCAAUGAGGAACAACACUGAAUCUUUAUUCGCUUUACUUGAGCCGAGUAUUGCAAGCCAAGAUCAGCCAGCCAAUCAGAUCAUAGAUGACCAUUCCGCCCUGCCCAGCCUAGUCGUCAAACCAAAGUGUAUGAGCCCGGACGCUCUGGCCUACUACAUGAGAGAUGAUGAGGAUGCUGACCACUUGACCAGCGAGGAUGUCGACCAACUAUCCGCCAUGAUGCUCUACUUUAUUUACGCAGGUUUUAAAAAAGAAGAGAAAUGUCGACUUCUACCGACCAAGUCGGCUUUUGUCAAGCACAUAAUGCAGCACUUCGGAGACGGGGAGAAGAUAACAGAUCUCGGGCUCCAGUCUAUGAUGGAGCUACUCACCAUCCUACCAGAAGUCACCACUGAGACUGCUCACACCGACCACAGAAGGCGGCGCCAUGUGGCAGACGUGAGCCACGACCAAACGUCAGGACACACCAGGAGCAGACGACAAGCCACUGAUGAAACGUCCGCCUGCUACUCCCCAGACCAGCUUCUGGCACUGUACGAGGCUGACCAGGGGGCGGACAAGACCAGCUUCCAGCAGCUGUGCCCAGCUCUGGUCAGCCAGAAGCUGUUUGGGUCAUGUGCUCAUCAAGAUUCUUCCAGUCAAGUCACGGACGCUGAAAAGUUUGGCUACGGCACCCUGUCCAUCACCGUCAUCUGCCUGUGCUCCCUCCUGGGGCUGGUGUUUGUCCCCUGCACGUCCACCCGGGUCUACACCGUCGUCAUGGCCCUGUUCCUGGGGCUGGCUGUGGGGACGCUGUUCGCAGACGCCAUGUUGCAUCUCAUCCCCAUGGCUAUGGGCAUCCACGACCAUGGGGGUGACGAGCAUGAACAUGAAGGUGGGGGCAUCGUGGUGGAGAGCUAUGUCCAGUAUGGGCUGGCCAUCAUGGGAGGGUUGUAUUUUUUCUACAUCCUUGAGACAGCCAUGACAAGACUUGGUGGUCAUUCGCAUGGACUAGAUCAUGGACACAGUCAUACUCACAGCCAUACUCACAGCCAUAACCACGACCACAGCCAUAACCACGACCACAGCCAUAACCACGACCACAGCCAUAACCACGACCACAGCCAUGAUGAUCAACAAAAAUCUGAAAUCUCAACCACAUCUCUCUCAACUCUCGAUGACGAAGAGAAAAAGCUGAAAAAACCAAAACCAAUUCAGGAGAAAAAAGGUAUUUCUCCCGUGGCCGUCAUGAUUGUCCUGGGGGACGGGUUCCACAACUUCGCAGAUGGCCUGGCCAUUGGCGCCGCCUUUGCCAGUAGCACCUCCAUAGGGGUCAGCACAUCCAUCGCAGUCCUGUGUCACGAGCUCCCACAUGAGUUAGGGGACUUUGCAGUGCUCUUAAAGUCUGGCAUGUCGUUUAAGAAGGCGCUAAUUUUAAACUUCCUGUCUGCCUUCACGGCUUAUGUUGGACUGUAUGUGGGGAUAGUGGCAUCAACAAAUGAAGUGGCUAAGGCCUGGAUAUUUUCUGUCACAGCCGGGAUGUUUAUGUACAUAUCAUUGGUGGACUUGCUGCCUCUCCUGAUUAACACCAAGAGCAGACUGGGGAUUGUCCUCAACAACUUUGGGAUUCUCCUGGGGUUCGCCAUCAUGCUGCUCAUUGCUAUUUUUGAAGAGUACAUUAAAGUAUGAGAUUAAAAAAUGUUCAUACAGCACAAAUUUGAUGUCACAAAAUUGUUGGAAAAAUGUCAUGCUAGGCUGCAUAGAACUAGCGUUAUGUUAUGAAGAACAAAAGAAUUUUUUAAUGUUAAUUGUUGAUUUAUACAACCAUACAAAGAACUGUAUACAUCUUUGUGUCAAUAUUUUUAUAAUACUUAUUAAAGAUACCUGUCAAUUUUUUUGGUUUGAACAUGUAGGCCUAAUUCCUCAAAAAAACUUUUUUCACAGCUGAAUAUUGUUAAUAUGUUUCCAAUUUUUAUAAAGUUUUUUAAGCUCAGGAAUGUGAAGAAAGUUUAAAAAUGAUAAAUAUAACUUGAACAAUUCUCUAACAACAACUGUGUCAAGGUGAGCAUCAUAUUAAACUGACAUGUCACCAUGACCCACAUUACUGUCAAAAAAUUUAUUGAUUUCAUCACUUAUUGUAGCAUCAUCACAGUUCUCAAUUACUGUAAAAAAAAAAUUUUAAGCACUCCAUAUUUACAAGUACACACCUAACUACAUGAAGCAAUAUGUUGGUACCCUCCUAUCAUUUUGAUGCAAAAUAAAUUGUUUACAACUUUAAAAGUAAACUCUGGUGCAUUUAUUGAAAUAGAGUAUCCAGCCUUGACAUUUUAUUGUGGUCAUUUUUGUGUGUGGGUUAUCACUCAGCCAAUCAUAAACUUUUGUAAUAAAUGUAGUCAAGAUUUAAAAAAUUUAAAAAUAGAUCUAAACAUAAACUUUUGUAAUAAAUGUAGUCAAGAUUAAAAAAUUUUAAAAAUAGAUCUAAAUGAAACCCAAUCAUUAAUUAGCUUACUUGUAAAGUGUGCAACUGUCUUCUUACACUUACAAACAUUGUUAAAUAUUUAUACAAAAUGUAAAUCUAAUAUUACUAUGCUGACUCAAAAUAUUGCAAUAAUUUGUUUUUGAUUGCAUAAUUUUUCAUACUUUGAAUA